AUGCGGCGUCAGGAGGGGGUGGGGAGGAGGGAGGCGGAGCGCGCGGCCAUCUCCCGUGGGGACGCUGCGUGGGGACAGGGUCGGGGCGACGCCGGCGCGGUCGUUGGCGGCCGGCAGCCCCUGGGCCGGGAGCCCUUUCGGGCUCCCCGGCGGCAUUGCGCCGACGCCGGCGACCUCGACGUCCACGCCGCGUCAGUUCUUCCGCCGCCCAUUCCCACCGCCGUCCCCGACCAAGCACAUCAAGGAGUCCCUCGCUCGCCGGCCGGCCUCCGCGUCGUAGGUGCCCAGGCCGCCCAUCGAGGUCCCGAUCCUUUUCGCACAUGGCAAGAGCCUUGGCUGCUCGUGAAGGGAUGCAUCACCGGCAGCGUGCUCGGCAUCACCGUCGCCGACUGGGUCGCCUCCGUCGUCACCAUGGACGGCGCCUCCAUGCACCCCACCUUCGACCCGCAGCAGGCCGAGCGCGCUCUGGUGGAGAAGCGCUGCCUCUACCGCUACGACUUCUCCCGCGGCGACGUCGUCGUGUUCAGGUCACCGAGGGACCAUCGUGAGCUGAUGGUGAAGAGUCUGAUUGUGCUGCCUGGGGAUUGGAUCCAGAUCCCGGAGAAGCAGGAGAUCCGGCAGAUCCCGGAGGGCCAUUGCUGGGUUGAAGGGGACAAUGCCGCCCUCAGCUUUGACUCGAGAUCCUAUGGCCCUGUUCCUAUGGGUCUGUUGCGGGGCAGGGUCACACACAUAAUCUGGCCACCCCAAAGAAUUGACCGAGUUGACAGAAAAAUGCCCGAAGGAAGGAUUAUGGCACUGUGA